GCUGAUCUCAUAGAAAAUGUUAGGAACCGUAGCGUAACUUCUCUGUUCGUUGCUGAACCGUGCUUGAUGUAAUGGACUUAAAACGUAAAAAGAACGUUAAAGAGCUCGUUGAAUUUGCAGACCAAAUGAGUACAAACUACAGUCGGUCCACAUUUCAGAGACUUCUUAACCAAAGUGAUGUCCACCUCGCUCGAGUCGACAAGCCUCUUCUUGUUUUUAAAGCAUUCUAUUUCUUCUUGUACAGUUCAUUGGCGACAACAUUCCCGUUUCUGUCAUCAUACUUUCGACAAAUCGGUUUCUCUUCGUAUCAAGUUGAUGUCCUCGUUAGCAUUCGUCCAUUUGUACAACUCCUUUUAAGUCCAUUGUGGGGAGUUCUUGCUGAUCGUUAUUUGCCAAAGAAAAUGAUGCUCCAGUUUUGCACUUUUGUAUGGCUUAUAGGGACCAUUUCAUUGGCCUUUGUUGAGCCCACUGGCCAGAUGUGCCAGCUGGUUUCUCUCAACGAAACUGACUCGAAAGUUAUAAACUCCACUGUGAUGCAGACAGGAUUCUUCAGGCGAAGACGAGUUAGUGAGUACUUUACAAGACGAUCAAAGCUGAUUCCUAGGAAUCCCAUAAACGACUUACGUAGUACCAAUGGCUUUGACAGCGUUGAGGUACAGAUAUCAUCUGGUUCGGGAUCGCCUCAAGAGAGUGAAGUAUCAGGAAGUGGAACCGGAGAGUCAUUUGACCAUGAUAGAGAGCCUAACAUUACCAGUAACAACAAGACUCGCAGCAUCACCACAAUUCCAAUUUCUAAUCUCAAGUCAAAACCCAAAGAGCCACUCAAUCAAAUUCAAUUCAACUUUACCACAAGGAAUGAGCUUAGGGAAAACACUUCUCGGCUCCAUCAUAUAUUUGUUGGUGCUUUAGCUCUGGUUGUUUUCGAGGAAAUAUUCUUAUGUCCAGUUUUCUUCAUGGCUGAUACAGUGUUACUCGCCAAGCAAGUGGAGGAGGAUACAGCUGUGUAUGGAUAUCAAAAGCAAUUUGGUUCAAUAGGCUACCUAAUAUUUUUCCUCAUUACCGGGAUCUUAGUCAACAAUUCUCAGCGGCAAAUGUGCGGGCACAUCUACGCCGACUACGUUAUCAACUUUUGCUUUUAUUGUGUAAUUACAAUUGUGAUAUUACUAGUCUUAAUCAAGUUCGAGAUACCACAAAGGCCAGUUGAAAAUUUCCCCAAUGAGAGGCUCAAAACUACUUACAACACAAAACAUUACGGAACGUUUGCUGCGACCGCGGCUUUCAUGGGCUUUUCACAUUCAGUGAUUUCAAAAUUUCACGUCACUUAUCUCUCUAAGGCCAAAGGGGGGCAUAUUACUUCUACAAUAAUGUUUUUUGGCUUCCUUGGAGAACCCCUUGGCUUUUUCUUGAGUCAUAAACUGAUACGCCAUAUGGGGGAUAUAAAUAUGAUAUUCACUGUUCUAGUGUCGUACAUGUUUAAUCAUUUUGCAUGCUCCUUUGUAACAAGUUCUUGGCAGCUCAUCCCUCUUGGUCUACUGGAAGGAUUCACAUUUGCCACUUCAUUCGUAGUAUGUACCACGUAUUUGGCGAAUUCUUCUCCCCUGGAUUGCCUGGCAACCGUACAAGGUGUGUUCCAGAGCAUCUACUGGGGUGUCGGUGGAAUUCUUGGCCUUGUGUUUGGUGAAAGUCUCACUCGCGUGGCAGGGCCAAUUAUUGCGUUCCGUGUUUUUACCAUGGCAGCUGUCAUUUCUAUCGUAAUAUUCACUACGGGCCUGAAACACCUCAAUUUCCGACACCGUAAUUACUAUUCAGUAUUGCUUGACACCUUUCACAACUGCGUUGACAGCGAGAAAAUACAAAAUAAGAACUUAAGCUAUACAAAUGACACUCGAGCACAAAACCAGUUCAACGGCCAGUUUCAGCAGGCUUCUGUCGGAGUCGCGGAGCCUGAGGCAAGUGAUUCACGGACAGAAGACUGGGACAAGUAUUACUAAUCUGAUCAAACCGAUUUUGUCCUUAUUCAACGGAAAGUCACAUAGUCAAUUGAAUCUCGUUCCUCAUGAUGUGUGCUUUCAUCUCGUCCUCUUUUAUCUCUCAGUGUAACAAUUAAUUUUUAAUUAUUUUUGAGGCUAUACAGCUUGCCACAAUCCUGAAUCGUUUCAUCUAU